CGGGCGGAGGAAGGGGGCGGGCCCCAGAAGUUGUUGGGCUCCGGGCCGGCGGCGGGAGGGCGAGCGGGCUGCGGGCCUGCGGGCGGACCGGGCGGGGGCUGGAGAAGUUUGCGCUGCCGCUCGUGAGCACCGGGUGCGGGCCCCGCCGGCCGUGCGCGCCCGCUGCCAUGGCUUUCCGCCGGAGGACGAAAAGUUACCCGCUCUUCAGCCAGGAGUUCGUCAUUCACAACCAUGCGGACAUCGGCUUCUGCUUGGUGCUCUGCGUCCUCAUCGGGCUUAUGUUCGAGGUCACCGCCAAGACUGCCUUCCUAUUUAUUUUACCUCAGUACAACGUUAGUGUGCCGACAGCAGACGGCGAGACCGUGCACUACCACUAUGGGCCAAAGGACCUGGUCACCAUCUCGUUCUACAUCUUCAUCACCAUCAUCCUGCACGCGGUGGUGCAGGAGUACAUUUUAGACAAAAUCAGCAAACGGCUUCAUCUCUCCAAGGUCAAGCACAGCAAAUUCAACGAGUCUGGACAGUUGGUCGUCUUUCAUCUCAGCUCGGUGAUCUGGUGCUUCUACGUGGUGGUGACGGAAGGAUAUUUAACAAACCCAAGGAGCCUCUGGGAAGACUACCCACACGUGUACCUCCCCUUCCAGGUGAAGUUUUUCUACCUGUGCCAGCUGGCCUACUGGCUGCACGCACUGCCUGAGCUUUACUUCCAGAAGGUGCGGAAGGAGGAGAUUCCCCGGCAGCUCCAGUACAUCUGCCUGUACCUGGUCCACAUAGCAGGCGCGUACCUCCUAAACCUGAGCCGCCUGGGCCUGGUCCUGCUGCUGCUGCAGUACUCCACCGAGUUCCUCUUCCACACGGCCCGGCUCUGCCACUUUGCUGAUGAGAACAAUGAGAAGCUGUUUAACGCCUGGGCGGCUGUAUUUGGGGUCACCCGCCUCUUCAUCCUCACUCUCGCCGUGCUGGCCAUCGGCUUUGGACUCGCUCGCAUGGAAAACCAGGCCUUUGACCCCGAGAAAGGAAACUUCAACACGUUACUCUGCAGGCUGUGUGUGCUGCUGCUGGUGUGCGCUGCCCAGGCCUGGCUCAUGUGGCGCUUCAUCCACUCCCAGCUGCGGCACUGGCGCGAGUACUGGAGUGAGCAGAACGCUAAGCGCAGGGUCCCUACCGCCCCCAGGCUGGCAGCCAGGCUUAUCAAGAGGGAGUCAGGUUACCAUGAAAACGGAGUGGUGAAAGCAGAGAACGGAACCUCCCCACGGACUAAGAAACUCAAGUCUCCUUAAGGGCAAAGCGCUGAGAACAGGAACCCUCCCAUGGGGGCCCAGCAGGAGGUGGGGAGCCCAGGCCUCCAUCAGCGCCCCCUUUCCUGCUCGAUGCUCCGUCUCAAACAGCAGAAACCUGUCUCCACACAGGGCCUUUUCCUCUUUCUUACGUCCUGGCUUUCUCUUCUUCCUCCAUGAACCAUUCUCAAUAAAACCAAAAAUCUUCCUCUUUCCAUCCCUUAAGCCACCUCAUGUCCUCACCUCUGUCCUCUGCUGGGUUUUCUAGACUCUCCUGGUUGCUUUUCUGCUGGCCUGAUCUUUUUCCUCCCAUGGCUGUUUCUUUCUCGUUUUACUUGUUAACUUUAUCCUAUUGUGCAAUUUUUCUGUGUCUGAUUUUUACAAUGAGAGGGAGCGAAGCUUGCAGUGUGCUGGCCUUCCAGUACCCAGUCCCUGGGACCCGGCUGAGUUGACCUUCAUGCCAAGGAGCCCCGGCGUGGCCGGCAGCAGCCGCUCGGUGAUCCCUGCGUGGACGGGCGGCAGGAGGAGAGACUGGCCUCGGAUCAUCAUCUCUUGGGUGCUGAUGAACUGGCGAGAUGGAUGACUCCAGUUCUGCACGCGCAUCCUGAGGCCCCUCGGGGGCCCUGCUGGUUGUAAGCGCCAAGGCUUUGGCUUUUGGUCCAGAAGGAUGGUGUUAGCUGCCUUGGGCCCCACGGCUCAGAAGAGCAUCCCAGUGGCCGGUCCUGGAUUGGAAACCAACUUGCUCUCUCUCAGUCAGGGACGAGCUGGAGGAGGACAUCUUCCCACUUUGCAGCAAGAGCAAAGUGACAGGAGCGGCGGGCUCGUCCUGAAAGGUAACACGGCGGAAGCGAUGGAGGCGUCGACCCAGGCCUUUGUCGGGCAGGUCCUGCUGCCUCGCCCUUCCCACCAUUCACCAGCAUUCAAAACCAAACCAAACAGCAGUUACAGAACCAGCUGGGCACAUGCUGCUCCUAAACCCCAGGCCGGCCAGCCCUGUCGGGGGUCGGCCCUGCACCUGCCUCCACCGUCGGGCUGCAGGAACACUAAGCUCCUGCUGGCCCUUGGGGCGGGUCACCUGGGCCCUGUUCCCUCUGGCCUCAGUGUUGAGUGUCCUUUGGAAUUGUCAUCGUCGUCUACUGCUGUUUGCUGAGCACACUCAACAGCGUUUUAGACAGUUUGCAAGCAGGCUCAGUCAGAAUUGCUCUGCUUGUCAGAUGGGCAGAUACAACCAUGUCGCUGUGCAUCUUUUUGCCCUCUCCCCGCACGCGUUCUUUCCCCCCCCCCCCAACAACGACAAGGCCUCAUGGUGCCUUGAGGACGCCUGCAGGGAGGGAGGCUGUUGGUAAGGAGGCUUGCAAACUGUGCUGGCUGGAUCCCAUGGGCACGGGGGCAGUAGGAGUGUCUGCCGCGCUGGUCCUCUUCCUGACAUCACAUUAGUAACCACAGCUGGGAUGAGUACCUAGAAGGCGGGAACUGGGUCUUUUCGUCAAGGCAGCUCCCUUCUCGUCACUUGCCCAGAAGUUUUAAUCGGCCAGCGCCUGGGGGUUGUUUCCCGACACCACAGCAGACCCUCGUCUAGCUCUUUGGGGUAUAGGGCCACGGGCGUGGGAAGAGCUUCUCGUUACUCUUAGGAGAGUAAGAGCAGAUUCCCCCCAGGCUUCUCUCUCCCUCCCUGACCCUCAUCUGGGCCACAAAGCAGAACCCUGGUGAAUGGGCAGCUUGUACCAACCCAGCAGACCCAAUCUGCGAUCUGUCCGCCAGUCAGUCGGUUCCCCCCUCCCCGCUCAUGGCUGAAGCGAACCUCUGGUCCUAGGGUGCCCCAGAGACAUGGUGCAGCCUCGCACCCAGCCCAGUCCUUUUGGGGCUGUGGCCUUGGCCCUGCUCCUGUUCCCUGCAAGAGGCUGCCCCCACUCUCCACCCCAGUGGGGAGCCCUGUCUUCAGUGCCUACCUGGCCUCCUCGCUGUGGGCUGGGGAGGUGGGCCACAGCCAAGGUCCUGCCAUCAAGCAGUGUCCCUUCUCACAUUCACUGGAAGGUGACUGCUGCCAGCGAACCCAUGCUGGCUCCCGGUAUAGUGUGCCUUCCUGCAGUACUACCAGCCCGGGGCCAGGCCAACGCCCUGUGCUUCCUAAGAGCCAGGGUUGGUUCCCUGAUGAGUGUUGGGAAAACCUUCCCUGCUGUGUGAAUCCCCUGAGACCUAGAGUGGUUCUGGAGGGAGUUGAGGGGAGGGUAACUAGGUGCCCCAUCCGCCCAGGCAGGCCUGGCACGUUCAUUUCAGAGCAGAGCCAAGCCUUUGGCAGGUUGGCUUGAAGUGUGUUGCCGGGGGCCAAAAUAAUUCCACUUCAUCCCCAGAGCUUGAUGGGCUGGCUUGUCCUGAUUGGGCCAGUCUGGCUGUUUUUUUCUGCCCUAAACCCUCUGUGAAGGCCUUGCCAGACGCCCGCGGGUUUGCGAGGCUUCUCAGCACCAUCCCCGGGAGGAGAGCAGAUGCUAAUCUACCUCAGCAGCCCGGGCCUCCUGGUGUCACCGUUAGGGGCAUCGCUGGCUGGUGGGCGGGGGUGCCAGGCACGUGGGAGAGUGAAGCUGUGGGGGGUUGGGUGACCUCGGCUGCCAGUGCCCCUCCUUGGAGGGACGUUACUUCACCUCCAGGCUCUGAUGGCUCCGCUGUUCACAAGUUCCGUGUGUCCCUGCUCCGGGCCCGGCCAGCGGCCAGCUGCUCCCUCCUGUUCUCGUCAGUUCAAGCCCUGCCACGUCUGUGCCACCAGACCCGCGCUGUUGCCGAAGACCUUUUCCUUUUCUGUCCUGAGGCAGAGCCACCCACAUGGCAGAAGCCGGAACAGACACCUGUGCUCUGGCCGCUCCCGCAGAUGCUCCUCCCCUCGAGCUGGGUGGCCCUGGACGCGGGCAGCCGGGUUUGUGGUGGGACCUCCCUCCUCGGUGCUGCCGAGUUAGAGGUGGGGGCAGAAAGUGCGCGCCCAGCCCAGCUUCACAACAGAAAAGCCUGUGCCCUGGGUGCCUUUUAAAAUUCACAGUGGUUCACUGCCCGCCCACCCCUUUGGGUCCCUUCCUGGGCUUCGGCCUCCCCUGAGGGCUGAGGAGGACAGAGAGUUGGACAUAAUCCCCCUUGAAGAACCUGGGUUCCUGAUCGUCAGAGCCUCUGUCUCCAGUGGAGGGUGUGCUGCAGGCUCCCGAGUCAGGACCCUGAGUGGGCCGCCUCCCUCUGCUGCCCUCCCAGCUCACGGCCCUGCUCCUCCCCGACCGGAGGAGAAUCAGGUUGUUGACAGAUGACCUGGAACCUGAAUCGCGUCUCUCCCUGCACAGAAGUAGCCGCUGACUUGUCCUCUUCUAGCCUAGUUCUUGUGUGAAUAGUGACUCCUCCAAAGGCUGAGGAUGACCUGGUGCCCCAGCCGCCUCCCCACCCCACCCAAGCUCUCUCUAGGGUGGUCACACUCUGCGUGGCCUCCUUCAGCUCCGAGCUGAUCUGGAGCCUUUUUGUGUCUGAAGUGCCUUCCUUGCCCUAGUCUCAUGGCCGCCACGUGCACUGUGUGGCCGGCCCCCGGCAGUUACACAUGAGAGGGACACAGACUGUGAGUUUCCCUCGUUUCCACUCAGCCUCACACCAUCCUACCCGCCCCUCACUGUGUCAGGAUCAGGUUGUUUCCAGUUUCUCCCUUGUGGGGUGGCUGCAGGCCUGUGAACUUCCUCCCACGGCCCCCAGGCACCUGCCUAUUGAGGAAGUCCAGAGCUUCCAGGGGCACCAGGCCUGCCAUGCUCUUCCACCUCCCCCCACAUUUAAAAAAGGUACCCUUGCUGUCGUCUCUUGGGGUCUCUCUCUCGCUUCCCAUUCAACCCAAAGUCUAGGCGAUAAGGUGUCUAUUUUUGCUUCCCGGUCACCAGUGUUCCUCCCAGGUGCCCAUUUGAUGUGGGUGCUGCUGGCUGUUGCAGAGUGCCCCUCCCACCCCUGCGCAGUGUCUCCUUGUAUGAGCAGCAGCUCCCCUGCCCGUUGCCCACCUUGUCCUCGCUCUUCCGGGUUGUGCAAUAACUCUCCCAGCUAGUGGUCUUCCCCACAGGCCCUCUGUCCCUUUCAGUGCCCAGCCACUGGGGCAGGACAGUCUGCCCAGAAGGAAUGUUAGCCACCUCCUCUGUUGCUGUCAUUCUCCUGACCCUGGUGGCACACCAGUGAACCCUGGAGCAUCAUCGUAGCAGUCCAUCAUUUAGGAAUAUCUGUUGGAAAAACAUCCUCACCACAAUGGGGCAUUAAUAUGUCAGUGUCUGGGCAUGACAUCUGUGUGAGGCGACACCGUCACCCAGAGGGUCAUGUUUAUGAGGCGAGGAAGAUCCCCCUGCGCCUCAGCCACACAUGGACAGCCUGGUCCACCCGGCUGGAUCUGACCGGUUCUGAGUACCACCCUUUCCUCGGGUACAGAGUCAAGUGUUUAUGUGAUGAGAGUAUAUACACCUCGUUUUUCACUUCUUAAUAAACAGCUGAGGAUGAGCUGAGGCCGCUGGUGCCCUGAGCAACUCCUAAUGCAAAUGUGGACAAAGUGUCUUUGUGUUUUUCUACUUUAGCCUGUUCAUGUUAUGGACCAAAUUUCAACAACGAACUCAAGGAAAAUUUGUACCUGCCGUAUUUAUGCUUUCAUGUAAAAGGGUUUUGGAGGGGGGGCUCUUUUCACCUUCAGUGAACUUUUUCCAAGUCCUUUUCUCACUGUUUCUGUCUGGUUUUGAAACAAAUUACAGUUUUGUAUGGAUUUUUUUAAAUGUGCAUUUUGAAACAAAUGAUCAAAUAUUUUUGAGAUAACUGAAUAAAAGGCAGAAUUAUUAGGU